AUCGUAUUUUAAUCACUAUUUUCAGUUCCGUAUCUUAUUUUUGUUUGUGUAAUACAUAACAGAUCAUUCUUUAGUUUGAAUCAUGUUGUAGAUAAACCAUUUUCCCCAUUAGUCCACAAUGACUAUGCUUUCUCUUUUGUGUAACUAGAAAUUUGUAGGAACUUUAGCAAAAACUAAUAGUUUACGUAUAUAAGUGACCUGCGAUAACGUGGCCAAUGUGUUCACUUCUAAUUAGACAAAUUGAAUGGAGUCUCAAAAGUUGAGUGAGAAUAUUUUUUGGUAGGGCUGCAGAUUGGAACCUUGCAGAACCCUCAUGGACAGGCAGAAUGAGACUAAUCUGCAAAGGCAACGAACUUGCAAUCAAGUUGGAAGAUAAAAAUACUGGAGAAUUGUUUGCAAAAUGUCCCAUUGAAGCAUAUCCUAGCAUUGCUAUAGAAUCAGUCAAUGACUCAUCCAGAUAUUUUGUCCUCCGUAUCAUGGAUGACAAUGGACGAACAGCAUUUAUAGGUAUAGGAUUUGGAGAUAGAUCUGAUUCUUUUGAUCUGAAUGUUGCAUUGCAAGACCAUUUUAAAUGGGUGAAAAAAGAGAAGCAAAUCAGUGAGGAACCAGCUAGUGGACCUGCACUGGAUCUUGGAUUCAAAGAAGGUGAAACGAUUAAGAUCAACAUGAAGAUAACAAAGAAAGACGGCGCCAACGAGGGCACGUCCCGAUUAUCGAAGGCAAAAGCUGGCAACGGUGGAGGGUUGCUACCUCCACCACCAGGGGGUUCGGGUAGGCUCCCAGCACCCCCCGGUAGUUCCCCGGCGGGGUCGCCAGCACAUGCGCCCAAGGAUGCCAUUCCUAAUACUGGAACGGCUGAAUGGGGAGAAUUCACCUCGGCCAACACUGGAAACCAGCAAAGUGCUUCAACGCAACCGUCACCUGGUGCGAACAGUAACUGGGUACAGUUUUAAGCAGAUCUUUGUGAUAUAUUAAACAACCCUAUAAUUGGUAGCCAUAUCAAAGUUUGUGGAAAACGUAUAUUUCUCUAAGCUUCGGUCAUGGUUACUGUCUCGACUCAUACGUUAUACAUAUGUAAGGCUCUUUUAGAAAAAGCUCAUGUUGAAAUUAUGAAAUCCAAUGUUCUUCAAUAUAACAGCUGAUGACAUCGACCAAUAAAAACAAAUAAUCCCAAUUUAUCUUAUAUGUACAACCUUAAAUGGCAAUUCAAUAUGUUUCUCUUCUAUCACAGUUUAAAUGUAUCUACCUGUUGGCCCUAACUUCUAACAGAGCCUAUGUUAUAAAUCUAGCGUCAUAUAUCACGAUCAAUGAAUAAACUUAUCAUUAUUUAUAUAUGUGUAUAUAAUACGUAAAUACAUAUAAAUAUUUGGUUAUUUUAAUUUUACAUAUUUACAAAUAUCUUUUACCAUUGUUGUUGGAGAUAUAUUAGAUGUAGUUGUAUAAAAUAGUAGAUUAGGCAUAUCGUGGAUUGGCAAUUGUUGAAGGUUUUUUAUAAAAAUGGGCGAAAUAUCAUAUGAAGCCAGAGCAUCUCAAAUCCCAUGGAAUAUACUAAAGACAAACGUUUCCAAUUUUGAGGAACAUCAGCAUAGGACUGAAGUGAUAUACAGUGUGUUACCUAAAUGUAUGUCAAUAUUUAAGGGGACGAUUUUCGGGUCCAUUUCAAGAAGAAAACUUCAUGUGAACGUAUGUCCUAAACAUCUUACCGUUUGAGAUACAAGGUGGUAAAGUUUUUAAAAAUAAAUAAGUGGCACGCCACCGACUUUCUUAAAAAAAAAAUCGAAAUCGGUAUUGAUUUAUGAAUACGCAUAUUUGAUUUCUUGAAUGUUCUUAGUCCGUCACACGAUUUUCGCCUAAAAAAUUAAAUCUCUAACAUGGUGAAAUUGUCAUAUUAACGAUAUUGUUAUGAUCAUGUAGAGAAACGCAUUUUGUUUUUUCUUUUUAAGCGAAAAUCGUGCAUAGGAUUGAAAAAUCAGCUGAUCAGAUUUGCUUAGGGAUUUCAUGAAUAAUUUGUAUUUUAAGAGAAAUCAGUAGCGUACCAUCAUUGUUCUCCAAAAUAGGCACAUAAAGUUCCGUACGAAGGCGUCUGGUAAAAAAUGGUACAUUAAAAAAUGCCUCUUCAUUGAAGUGAUAUUUAACGGAUAGAUACAAUUAUUUUUUUACCACCCUGUAUCUAAAAACUUAAGAUGUUCAGGGCGUAUAUUCAUUUGGCGUUUUCUUCUUAACGUUGGCCCUCUUGAAUAUUGACAUUUCAUUAGGAAACACCCUGUAUAUGCUAUAUGCUAUAAUAAGUGUUUUGAUGUUUUGCCAUUUCUUAUAUUAUUGAACAUUCAGCUGGGUAUUAAACAUCUUUGGUGAACAGUUUCAGGUUGAAUUCAAGUGCAAUAUUUUUCUAAAAAAGCGCUUCUUAGUGAACUGUAAUUGAAUAGUGAUAAAUCAUAAAAAUUCAGUUUUCUGCCUUUUCAGGCUACAAAGUUCUGUAUAAGUGCAAAUCAGGGCUUCCCAAACUCAUACACCCCAAACUGUUCUCAUUAGCCAUUCCACAUAAAAUGAACAAGUUCAGAGGCAAAAACUUAACAAAGUGAUCACUUAUAGGUUAAGAUACAAUAUUAGCUUAUAGCGAGUUGUUUUAUGUAAAUUUCUUAUUAUUUAUGCACAGAACUAGUUUUUACACCAUUUAGGAGUGGGAUUUGUUUUCUUAUCAGUUUACACUAUUGUUACUUAUGUUUUUAUGCUAUUAGCAUAAUCAGAUUUUAGAUAGAGGUAUGCCAUAGAAAGUCAAAAUUAAUUAUGACAGACUUAUGUCUAUGUAAAAAAUUAUUUUUGUUUAAGAUACGUUAUAAUUAUUCAAGUGUUUGAAGGUACUAAAUUUCGCAGAUAAUUGGAAACUUCUGAUAUUUAGAAAAUUUUUAAUGUAUUAAUACAAUUUGCUCAAAAUAUAGGUCUGUCAGAAGUUGUAUUGUUUUAUAUGGUAUCUGAAUAGAUAUUUGUUGUUAACGCAGAAACUAUGCUUUAUAAAAUUUUCAUGAUGUUCUUAACAUUCCUUUUUUAGAAUAUUCAAUGUACAAUGUCAGAUGAAAUAUACUUGUUUUAAUUUAA